CCUUUGACCCCUUGCUAUCAUUAUAUUCGCUCCAUAAAUGCCAGUGUCUCAGAUGAGCAUCUACCUCAGCUUCAGCCUGAGAAAGAGAGAAGGCAGGACAGGUAAGUGCUGAACUCUCUGUUCUGGGUGGGAUGGGCAUUGUGACUGGUGUGGCUAGAUCAAAGGGAAGUGAGUGAAGAUGAUCAUCUAUUUUUCCCCAUUUCUUAUUGCAAGCCAAUUAAGAAAUUGGCUUCUCACACUCCGCAGGCAGGAAUACUGAUGAAAUGGGAGAAGGUGGGGGUGCUUCAGGUGACCUGGGUUGAAGUUGAGUGAUGGAUGCUCCAUAAGACGCUCAUAGGAGGGUCAAGCCCAUGGUACGAAUUGCAGAGCUUCAGUGUUGGAAGAUACAUAAGCUUUUCCCAGCUGCCUUCAUCACAGGGAUUACAGGCUCUAAACUGGAUAAGAGCACCUCUUUAUGCUCUUGGGAGGCAAAUUUACGCCUUUUGUGUACAUGGAGAAAAACUGGCUCUGGGAUUAAAAAUUAAGGUAGGGUGGUAAAGGAGCAACUGCUCCUGGGCAACAAAUGUCUAGGAAAUGGAAUGGUAGCUUUUGGAGGCAAUCUGUGCACAGAAGGAUGUAAAAAUGGAUGGAAAUUUCCUUACUGUGGGAUAAGAAGGAGCAUUGACUUGUAGCCACCUGGUAUGGGAUUUAGCAAAGCAUUCACAUGUAAUAGACUUGCAGCCUUUUUUGCUGUUGCAAUUCUAAAAGUUCAUUGUUUUCUUCAUGUUGUUCUGAGUGAUGCAGCCCUAUAGCUGAGGGCAGAAAUCAAUAUUAAUUUCUAAACACGUUUUUAAACACAGAAUGUUUGAAAAGCUUGUUUAGAUGUAAUGUAUUUUCAAUGUACCAAGUACUGAAUUUUCAAUUCUCCAAUUCUGACUUUUUUAACAGACAAAAAUAAAGGAAGUCAGAUGAAGCUAAAUUUUGCACUCACUCCCUUUUGAGAACUUGUUCUACUUGAGCUACUAUCUGCUGCAUUAAUCCCAGAGUGAAAAAGACAAGUGAACCUAGUUGGCUGGUUGGCAACUUUCCUCAGCUAAAGCAAGGCAAAAUACUCAGAUCACUGGGUCACUAAGAUGAUCAUUGUAUGUGAUGCACACGUGCACGCUAGUGCAAUGUUCUUUAGAGCAAUUUAAUAAAACAAGCAAAGAAAUCCCACAUUAUGAAUUUGUACUUAUUCAUAGAGGAAACCUAUUCUUACUUCUGGCAGUUUUAGUUGUUUGUUCAUGUGCUGAAAUAAGGGAUUUUAGCUCUCAUAUAAAAGACCUAGCUUUACUCUCACAUAUUUCUUUGAGCUCUGAAAGUUAUUAUUGUGAAUAUUUGUGAUUAUACAAAUAAAAGAACACCUUCAUUUUUAUACUAUUUUUUCCUCACUUCUUCGGAGUAAAUGCACCAUGGUCUUUCCUGUUCUUGUCUUCAUUUAUUGGUUAGCUUUGUUGCAAAAAUCUGGUGUUUAACCAACAUGUUUUAUUUCUCUGAAAACAAACAAACAUUGUAUGCUGAUUCCUGCAGGUCUCUCAGUAUAGGGAGCAGAACUGGUACUGCAAACCAUGUUGCAAUCCAGGGUACUGGUGAUAGCUCUGAUUCUGCUCCUCAGCACCACUCUGCCUGAAGUGCACUCAAAGUCCGUCUUUGAGAGAGACCGUCGUGACUGGCUGGUCGUCCCUGAUGCAGUUGCAUCUUAUGUCUAUGAAGCUGUGAACAAGGUGUCCCCUAGAGCGGGUCAGUUCUUGGUUGAUGCUGCCCAGACUCCAGCAGUUGUUGCAACUAGGAACUUCAUCAUCAGAGAAACAACUAAACUCAGUAUGAUGGCUGAAGAGCUGAUUGAAAAAAUAAAGAACCUGUGGAAAAGAGUCCGAGGCUAUUAGCCAGAAGAAGACAAGUCAGUGUCUCCUGAUGUGAAUUGGUAACACCCUGCAGUGUCCUCUUUCCUCCUGCUCCUACUACGGGCCAAGAUCAGUCGAUAAGACAGAAUCAAUGCUCCUCUUAGUGCCACUAGAGGGAACCCACCUUCAAAGACCAAAAGAUGGAAGGCAUCUGCUGAAGCCUCCCCCAGAAAAAAAAGAACACGCAGCUGGGCAUAGGGAAGACAAUAAGAUUGUAGAGCUCUUCUGUAGCCAAAUCUUGAAAAUUAAUUCCUCCUGAAAGGCUUGGCCAUUGCCCCUCCAAUAAAAUAGUGUUGGUUGUUACACUUC